CACCCUCAGCGGUAGAGAUGGCUACUGCCUCCGCCGGGGAGUUGCGUGUGCCCUGGGGACCCGGGCGCCCCGAGCCCGGUCCCACCCGCUUCCACCCGGUGCACGGGGCCCACAUCCGCGUGGACCUUUCUGGGACGCGGGCCACCCGCGUGGAGAGUUUCGCCCACGGCGUGUGUUUUAGUCGCGAGCCGCUGGCCCCAGGCCAGGUGUUCCUGGUGGAGAUCGAGGAGAAGGAGCUGGGUUGGUGUGGGCACCUGCGCCUCGGCCUGACUGCACUCGACCCCGCCAGCCUGCCUGCGGUGCCCGAGUUCUCGCUGCCUGACCUGGUCAGCCUCGGCCACACCUGGGUCUUCGCCAUCACGCGCCACCACAACCGUGUGCCCCCAGAGGGCCAGCCAGAGGCGGAGGCCUUGCUCCCUAGCCGACCCCCGGCCCUUCUGGAGGAACCCUAUCUGUGCAUUGAGCAGUUUCGCAUUCCCCGGGACCGCCUGGUGGGCCGCAGCCGACCAGGGCUUUUCAGUCACCUAUUGGACCAGCUCUACGAGCUAAACGUGCUGCCCCCGACCGCGCGCCGCAGCCGUCUGGGUGUCCUGUUCUGCCCGCGCCCCGACGGCACGGCCGACAUGCACAUUGUCAUUAAUGGCGAGGACAUGGGCCCCAGCGCCCGAGGGCUGCCAGCCUCCAGACCCCUCUACGCAGUGGUGGACGUGUUCGCCUCCACCAAGAGCGUGCGCCUGGUCCAGCUGGAGUAUGGCUUGCCAUCCCUGCAGACUCUGUGCCGCCUUGUGAUCCAGAGGAGCGUGGUGCAUCGGCUGGCCAUUGAUAGGCUCCAGCUGCCCAAAGGACUGAAGGAUUUCUGCAAGUAUGAGUGAAGAC